AGUCGCACACUCGCACUGAGUCACUGACUCGCACAGUAUACGCGCGGAUGCGCAUACCGAUUGAUACCGAUUAUCCCGUGUAUCACCGAAGAGAUUGUUGCAAUUUAUUUUUUGAUCUCCCAGCAAUAAUGAAUGUGUGGAACAAUGUCUGUAAAACAGAGGAAGGGUUUCGGGAGAAGAAAAAUAUCUGCGUUUGCAACUACUAAAAAGUUGGGGUUAAUAACUCAGUGAUGAUGAGAAGGAUUAUCAUUGUCAUCUGCCGCUAUCUGCAACAAUGGAUCUAGUUUUCUGGCUUGUUGACUGAUUUGUGGACAAGAAAUAGUGCAUUUACAAAAUUUCUUGAAAUUUUUUCUGGAUAAGACUGGUCAAACGCUUGUUUUUGACAUCCUCGAUGACAGCAUCAGUGCAUCAGUGAAAAUUCAGCAAAAAUUCUGUGAUUGUCAACCGCGUGCAAAGAAAAUUUAAAACACUUUCAAAAUUCCUGUCCUUCGAUGGCUUGAAUUCACUCUCUGAAAAAUGUUCAACAUUAUGGGGACAUUAGUUAAUUUAGCUACUCUCGAAUAUGUUUGCAAAGGAGACAGUCAAAAUUUCUUUCUGAUCACUUGUAACGUUACUCGAAUUGCUUUUGUUAAUUUUUAAUAACGGAAAGUUACUGGGUCAGCGUAUCAAGAAUGAAUGUAAAAGUAAAAUAAUUAUAAACAAAAUACAGUUGUAGAGUAAAAGAGUUAGUAAAAAUUAGGAGAUUGAUAACAAGAGCUUUUGUGGGACUACCACACGCAUACAUAUGUAUAUGUAUAUGUACAAAUGUGUAUGUAUACAUAUAUUUUAAUAUUGUAUACUAUGUAUCAACAAGUAUUAAUCUCUUGGCUACGCUGUCCCUAUAGUUCUCGAGUGUUCUCCAAUUGUCAGCCCUGGUAAACGCGACGGGACAAGAGGGUGUCCAGCCAAUGGGAGAUGAAGUUCUCGUCGUCACGGCAACAGUGCUAUAAGCUUCUGACGUCAAAGCGUAUCGUAGUGACGUCAGAGAAAGCGCUACGUGAACGGGCAAGUGUGUUUACAGAAAAAUUGAACUUGAACCUGCUCGUAAACUUGAGUCUGUAGUGCACUUAUCGUUCGGAUUGUCGUUGAUCUCGAAUGAGUGAUCGGAUGGUCGGGCAGUGGCCAACGAUACUGACUUCCUAUAAGGUGCAACUGAUACCCAAAAGCCAUGAAACGCUAUGAUGAUGACGACGUAACGAGAGAUCUAAAUUUAAAUGCUUCAUCGAGCGAGUGCGUCGAGAUGCACGGCGGAGUGUUAUACCCGCGAGGGAACAAUACAAGUCGGGGAUAUGCCGGGGACUGGAUUGCAGAUCGCUCCGGCGCCGUGAAUCUUUAACACGUUUUCCCUCGCUGGACUCGUCUUGAAAAUUUCCUAGACGUCGAAGCGAACGAAGCCAUGUGUCAUCCGAUCGAUCGGCAUGGUUGACACUCGUGGAUUCUCGUACCGGCGAUUUUCGAGUGAUCACCGCGUUCUCCUCGCUCACGUUAAUCCCAAUAUUUUGGACAACGGUGAUGGAAAGGGGUGAGAGGGGGUGGACGGAAAGGACGAUGGGGAGAGGGAGAAGCGGCAUGGGCACGUGAAGAGGUCAAGGUAGGACAGGCAGGAGGGGGGAAUCGUUGCGAAGGUCGCCAGCAGCACCGGCGCACCACUGAACUUGUAAAAGCUGCGCUAUCUCGCGUGCUCCUGUCAGUUUGAUUUUGGAGCUCUUAGACGCCGGACCGACGCGACUUUCGUCGCGCGCACGCGAUCCACUCGGGACGCAUGACUGUCAAGGGUGAAAGAUUACGUCGCUGUUUUAAGCGAAUAACAAGAGGAAUUCGACACAGCAGCAGGUGCAAACUGCGACGAUAAAUACAGCGAAGAGUGACAACGUAUGCAUGGCACGACAACAGCUGCAUAGCGAAGAGCAAACUAGUACGAGCAAACAAAAUAAGAACAAAAACAAGAGGGAAUUAGGAAAUUAGAGGGACAGUGAACAAAAUAGAACGACUUAGAGCUGUUCACAGAGUACGUAAGCGCUUUCAACAUCAUGACGAUGAAACAAGAUACUUCUUUCCAAAGGAAGAAAAUCCAUUCGCAGUGCAAGGCGUUAACUUUCCUAGCGCGCUUCAAUGGCAAAAGAAGAAAAUUGUCUGGCUACAACAGCAAACCCGGUUGGCCCAAAGGAAGUGGAUGAUAGAUGAUGAAUCUGACGACGAUGAUCUGGAAAUGGAUGAUCUAGAGUUGAUGUUACCAUCAACGUCACAGUCCAAGAUGUUGUACGAAGAGUUCCAGGAUGCUGACAGUCAACUGAUUGGAGAGCCAAUUCCAUCAACAUCAGGCAAUUAUUUAGCUUCCAUUCAUCUAGCCUUCGCUGAAGAGGCAGAAGAGGAGGAGGAGGAGGAGGAGGAGGAAGAACCGGAAGAACCGGAAGAUGAAGACGAAGAGGACGAAGAACUUACCUUGGAGGAACAAAUAGAAAAUAUGAAGAGACUUAUAGAAUGCUUUAAGAGAAAUGUGGAUGGCUGGUUAGCCCUUCUGAAGGAAGAAAAAAAACUUACGAAGGAAGCCAAGGAAGCUUACUUACAGGAAUAUCAGGAAGGAGCGAAUUCAUUACAUCGAUUUCAAUGCAAGAAAAUUAAACUCGAACUUAAGCGGGAUAAAAUACAGGAAAUGGAGGAAUCAAAAAAGAAGGUGGAAGAACCUGAGAAAGAACCGUCUAUUAUAUAUGUAUGUCUUCCAGAAAAUCAACAUACUAUUAUAAGGGCACAGCGAGGAGUUACUUUAAGGGACGCAUUGACCAUACCUAUGCAACGUCGAAACUUGAUUCUGGAAAACUGUGCAGCUUUCAUUAAGCGCGAGGACGGUUCGAUGUUUAUGAACACAUGUGUUAUUUCUUGGGAUACAGAUACAUCGAGUUUGGAAGACAAAGAGGUGUUCGUGAAAACUUUGGAAACAGUUCCUAUUCCAGUGUUCCUGCCACAUGAGUUCGUGUAUAAUACAUUUUUGUUAGGUCAGUGCUCUGCCUGUAGAAACGCUAUCCUCUACGGAAUUAUUUGUAGGGCAUGCAAUCGAAAGUAUCAUACAAGAUGUAUGAAUUUUGCAUCUCUGCUUUGCGAACACGUAAAAAGACGAAGACCUUAUUACGAGAGAAUAUUGACUUGCAACGCGGAGACAGGAUUGGUCCAGAUUCCUCCGAGGCCGGCUCCCACACCUUCGACGUAUCCAGCAUAUUUAAAGAAACAACGCAUAAAGGAGGCAAUUGCUCGACUAAUGGAACCGCCUACACGUGAGAAGAGUGUUCAAGUAAAAAAAAAAUAUCUACGACGUGAAAGACUUCAAGUAUAUAAAACCAAGUUCGAGCGUCGCGAAAUGGACCGUGUGCAUCCGUUAAAAGAUGAUGCAGAAUCUUCCGACAGUCUUUUCAGCGAGGAUUCAGCUUACGAUAGAUUACUUAUAGACAAAGACAUUAUGUAUGAAAAGGACAUUACAACCGAGAAGGGCGCGUUCGGAACUGUGUAUAAAGCUCAGUGUCAUGGACCUGUGGCAGUGAAAAGAUUUAACACGGAAAAUCCCAAUGAACUGCAGAUCCAUAUGUUCAAAAACGAGGUGAACGUGAUACGGAAACUUUGUCAUCCGCAUGUGUUGAAAUACAGGGGCUGGGUUUCGAAACCUUACUUAGGGCUCGUGACACUCUGGUGCGACGGACAAACUCUGUACGAUCGGGUGCAUAACGAAGACGUCGAUUUACAUUUAAUUACAAUUAUGAUUAUUCUUAAACAAACGUCCGAAGGAAUGAGUUACCUGCAUUCCCGAAAUAUUCACCAUCGGGACUUGAAGAGUAAAAACAUAUUCCUUCAUGAAGGAAUUCAAGUGCAGAUCGGCGAUUUCGGACUUGCGGUAGUGAAGAAGAAGGAAGAGGAGAAGGACGACGAUUAUGAUUACCGAAGAUUCUGCGUGUACGAAGGCUUCGAUCCAAAAAUAAGGACUUUAAAAGUAGCAACUGAGGAUCUGAAGCCUAAAAAGUUUACAAUGAGCAAAGAGCAGAUAGAGGAAGAGGUGGAGAACAAGUUCGUUGGUACCGUCGGUUGGAUAGCACCUGAAGUAAUGCGAAUGAAAGAACUUUAUCCGUAUAGCUUUCAAUCUGACGUCUAUUCGUUUGGUAUAGUGAUAUACGAAUUAUUGGCCCGUGACUUACCGUUUGGUCGUAACGCCGAUAAAUUAUUUAUUGUAUAUAAUGUAGGACGUAGCGGUGCAACGCCUGACGAGACAAAAAUACGGGCUGACGUACCUAAAAGGCUCAAAAAACUUUACAAUCAGUGCAUCGAGUUUGAGAGAGAGAAGCGACCGUUGUUCUCCUAUAUUACGGAAGAAGUGUACAGUAUUUUCAAGGUUACACCGAAAACAACGAGAACGACUUCCUUUCCGUUGCAGAUUAGAGAACUACCGGAUACUUAUAUUGAAAAGGAUCCCCGUUGUCAGGACUUUAUCGACUCUGACCAUGACGCUGACUUUGACGCUAAAUUUAGAAGGGAAAACCCAGUCCUUAAAAUUCCAACUCCAACUGAAGAAGAAAAGGUUCGUAGGCUUAAGAUGGCUGUGAGACGGAACCAGGUUCUAGCUAGUAACGUUCGUUUUCUUCAAAUCUUCCAAAGAGAGGCCGAGGAAUCAAUUAGGGGACGUAGACGUAAAGGUCUACUGAAUUUUGGAUUUUUUAAAAGCAAGAAAUAGUCAACUAGCUAGAAUUGGAAUAAGAAUAGAUCACAUUCGUUAAUCGGGUUUACUGUAGAGAGCAAAAAUAUAUCGGAUUUAUAUGUAAUGAGUGGAACUGCACCAAGCUUUUCCCUCAUCUCGUACGUCUCGUUUCAACAAUUGGUUAGUUGGCCGAAAGAGAAAAGUUUAUCACAGGUGCGGUUCAAACUCACUAUAUCUGAAAAGAAUACAAGAAUUUUGCUCCAAUUGUGCAAGCCUUGCUGCGCCUCAGUGAUUGGCAGAUUGAGGAAAGAGAGAAGUCCAAUGCAAAUACAGCUCAAUCUCAUCUUAGAAUUAAUAAGAGCGGGUAAGCCUUUCGAAGAUUCCUUUCUAAAGCAAGUAAAGUACAUGUGAUCGGAAUGCGCAGUCUGUUUUUAUUACGGGUCUAGCAACAUAUAAGUUCGUUUUGUUACUUUAUUUUUUUUUUUAAGAAAAAAUUAGAAAAAAGUAAUCUUUGUAAAGAAGAAAUAUAUAUUAUGUAUGUGUAUAUAUUGACGCGUCUAUUGACUUUAUAUAAGCUCUGCGAACUGAGCAAUCUGGACUGAAUCGCAUCUAAACCAAUUAUCAUUAUAAAAUCCAUAAUCAACAUAAUGAAGAAUAAAUACGUAUGAAUUAAGUAUUAUAGCUCUUGUAUGCAGGAUGCGAAAAUGCUUGUCGCGCGACAGGAUUGAAAUGAUUUUUAUAUUUACUUUAAUUUUAUCUCCCUUAUAUGCUCACAUUUCAUUCUUCCUUCGUUUGUUAAGGUGCUGUAGUAUAUAUUUACUGUCAAGUAGAAUAAUUUGAUCUGGAAAUUUGGAAACAACGAUUAAUUUCUUCAGCCGCUACUCUGUUCUACUUUCUGACUAUAAACGGCCUAAAAUAACUGUAUUUGAUGUAUAAGAGUAGCAAGAGUAUUAAAAUAUACGUAUUAAAAUUUAACAAGAUGACUAAUUAUACGAGUUUCAAAAAAAUUUUUAUGAAAUUUUUAUCAUGAAUAAAAUAAAUAAAGGAAUCUUGCGUCUUCUAAAUUUAAUUAACUUAAAUGUCUCGCCAUCGUUUUAAGCCUAUGUUUUAAAGUUCAUCAUUCAAACAUGACAACGAGAAAAAAUAUGUGUGUAUGAUCUUUUAUAAUGUGUGUCAAUCUAUGUUUCAUUGUUAAAUAAUAUUUCAAACAAAGCGCGAGCGUGGCGUAACAGACAGCGCACUGGUUUUUGUUAUAUCAGAAGUCCCGGGUUCUCGAUUCUUGGUAGAACCAACAAAUUUUCGUACGCUCGCGUCUUCUCUCCGGCAAACCACCGAGAGUAUCUCUUUGCCUCGAAAAUCUCUCUCAAAAGACAAUUGCCGUUCGGAAUCGGCUUUAAACUGUAGGUCCCAUAUGCCUCUGUACAAUCAGCGUGCGCACCACAGGCAUAUGAAAAGAGAGUGGCCAAGGCUCGAUUUGGGCUGCAGUGCCAUCGAAUUCGAAUUCGAAUAUUUUAAAUAAAAUGUGCGUCCUUUCUUGUAUUACAACAGCAUUCGAAUCUUUAUGAUGUAAAAACUUAUCCAGUGCUGUUGUAACAUGUUAAUACGAAUUUGGAAUCGGUUUAGAAAAAAAAUAUAAAGAAUAUAAUGUAACUAUUAGUUACAUAUAAUGUAACUACUAUUACAUUGAGGAAAAUGUUGAAAUAUCUUGUUGAUAUAAUGAGAACAUUUUUCUGCGUGGCAACGGAAAAUUGUUCUUACAUCAUAUUUUAAAUCUCGCCCAUUCCAUUAGAAAAGAAUAAAAAUAUAGAAAAAGGAUAAAAUGUGCGUGUGUAUG